AGUGCGCGUGACAAGGACGCGGCGGGGGAUCCCAAACAAAAAAGGGUUGGGCUGCCUGCCUCUCUGCCUGUGGAUCGUGAAACUCCCCCGAAAUCCAAAUCCGAUCAACUUUCCCACUAUCCGAUGGAGAUUUCAUGUCUUUUUGUUUGCUAACAAAGCACAAAUCCAUCGAUCCACUCUUCUGUCUUCUCAAUCAACGCAAGACGGAGAGGAGGGAGGCGGGCCAGCCAGCCAGCGAGCGAGCGGCUCGCCGACGACGACCCUCUCCCCGUCCACGGAAGCACGGCGAGGAUGGGCGCCGCAUCCCCUCCUCUCCUCCUCCGCCUCCUGACCCUAGCCCUGGCUCUCGCCGGGGCCGCCGCGGGCAGGAUCUCGGGCCCCCGCACCCCGAUCUCGCGCGACAUCUACCACUCCAGUGACUCUCUUCUGCGCGAAAUCAAGUCUUUGGUUGCUCGGCACUCCGACAAAUUGAGUAUGGACACUAUCAGAACCAGCAACAAAGGCUAUUCUGCGGAGCUGUUUGUAGUUACAUUUAAUCACGUGAAGGAGAGCAUGGAUAAUGGCUCCAAAGUUCAUAUCCUUCUGGUUCAUUGUCUUCCAGAGCUUUGGGCAGCAUGGCAGAGAACUUAUUACCUCUGAAGUUGCAUUACAUCUUCUCUAUAUUUUAACGGAGAAGCCUAAGAUCGCUGGUGUGGAUCUUUCAUCCUUUGAGAAACUGUUGGAGAACCUUGUGAUCAAAGUUGUGCCAAUGGAAAAUUUGAAUGGUCGCAAACGUGUCGAAGAAGGGGACAUUUGUGAUAGGAGAAAUGGAAGAGGAGUUGAUCUUAACAGAAAUUGGAGUGUUGAUUGGGGAAAGAAAGAAAAGGACUAUGAUCCAUAUGAGGAGAAUCCUGGUAUUGCUCCUUUUAGCGAACCUGAAGCCCAGAUCAUGAGGGAACUAUCCAGGUCGUUUAAACCUCAUAUUUGGGUGAACGUGCAUUCUGGAAUGGAGGCCUUAUUUAUGCCAUAUGAUCACAAGAAUACCACACCAAAUGGAGCCUCUGCGCAUUUGAUGCGGUCAGUUCUGGAGAAUUUGAACCGUCGCCAUUUCCAAGAUAGCUGCCUAGUUGGGUCAGGUGGUGGAUCUGUUGGAUAUCUUGCACAUGGUACAACAACUGACUACUUGUAUGACAUUGCAAAGGUGCCAAUGCCGUUCACCUUUGAGAUAUAUGGAGAUGAGAAAGCAUCUACUGACGACUGCUUCAGAAUGUUCAAUCCUGUUGACAAGAAAACAUUUGACAGAGUCAUUAACAAGUGGUGCAUGGCAUUCCUCAUUCUUUUUGAGGAAGGCCUGCGAAACCUACGGGAUGUCCAGAUAGUAUCACAAGGCACACUGGAAAACUGGGUCCCCAUUGGAGGAGACAUUGUCGAGAUAAAUGUGGAAAGGAAGAGUAGCCGUGACAGGAGGAAACUGGAAGGCCUCGACCUUGGAAUGCAGGAGCUAAGGACGUACUUCCGGCUAUUUUUGCUGUCAACAUUCUUGUUGAUGUUCAUGUUCUGCACACGGAUAUCAAAGAACAGAAACAGAGACUCCGGUAACUUGUUUGAUCCUUGAAUGAAUACCAAAGAAAGCAUAUGUUGGGGUCGCCCUCUGAUCUGAAUUUCGGGUGCAAGAGUGAUUUCCGAUUGUUGACUCAGACGAACAAAGGCAUGAAACAUUCAGAGCUGGAACACGGCUCUGCUUCUGCACCCUGCUAUUCAGACUUGGAAAUCCGUAUAUUUGGACAUGACGAUUUGUGACAAGGCUUGUAGGAUCAGAAUGAUGUCAGGCAGUGUCUGUUUAGAUUACAGUAGAUGCCAUGUGGCUAAUUGUUAACAAAAAUUGUAACUGUAAGCUGUAAAAUUGUCCAUAUAUCAGUUUUUGUGAUGCAUAGGUUUUACUAUGUUUUGAUGGUUAUUAGUGCACCCAGCACUGGCUAUGAAGGCUACAUUUGGUGGGAUGAAUUGGUGUAACAUCACACUGCUCGAGUGAUUUAUGAUGCGGUGGAUGUGAAAUUUUGAUGGCCUGAAUUUCCUCAA